AGUCACAGAGGCAAAUAUGCUCACAUGCCUGAUGUUCUCUCCCACUGACUUCAUCCCAAGAUAACAUUUGAACUGUAAGCCCACCCUUUUACAAAUUGGUCAAUGCUCUCUUUGAAAUAUGAGCGCUCCCACAGAGACGGGACGGACCAGUCUGCUUCAGGACACGUAGAAAGGCAGCAGCGGUCCUUCAAGCGGCACAGGCAAGAUGAUGCGACCAGGAGCCAGGCAGUACGUGGUGAACAGACCACUGUACUCAGAGGACUCCUUUGCGGACGAGCACGAGAAGGUCUGCAGGCGCCGUAAGACCAUGCUGGACCACAUCAAGCUCUAUUUCACUUGUGACGCCAAACGAGCCAAGAACGCCGCUCUGUCCCUUCUGCCGGUCAUCGGCUGGAUGAGGAUCUACCGGGUCAAAGAGUGGCUGCUGCCCGACGUCGUGUCUGGUAUCAGCACGGGACUGGUGGCCGUCCUGCAAGGAAUGGCUUACUGUCUGCUGGCCUCUCUGCCACCCUGGUAUGGACUUUUUUCCGCCUUCUUCCCUGUGAUCAUCUACUUUUUCAUGGGUACUUCGAGACACAUCUCAGUGGGUCCAUUUUCAGUCUUGUGUCUGAUGAUUGGCUCAGUGGUGACCAGAAUCAUUCCGGAUGAAGGGCCACCUGUCAACAUCACAGGACUUGAGGGCCUGUCAAUAGAUGAUCAACGAGUCUUAGUGGCUUCCUCUCUGAGUUUCCUUGUUGGCAUCAUGCAGUUGGGAAUGGGAUUGCUGCAAGUGGGCUUUGUCGUCAUGUAUCUGUCCGACACUUUGGUCUCUGGCUUCACCACAGCUGCUGCCAUCCACAUCUUGGUUUCUCAGCUCAAGUUUGUCCUGGGACUGCAGGUUCCAGGCUUCAGUGGACCACUGUCACUUAUUUAUACUCUGGAGGUCAUUUUUAACAAGAUCACCUCCACCAAUUUGUGCGACCUGGUCAUCUCCUUGGUAAUUAUGGUGAUUGUGUUUAUUGUGAAAGAGGUGAACGACAGGUUCAAAUCCAAGCUGCCUGUGCCCAUACCGAUUGAGGUUAUUAUGACUGUGAUAGCAUGUGGACUUUCAUAUGGAUUCGACUUUGAGAAUAAGUUCGGCAUUGAUAUUGUUGGCCAUAUUCCACAAGGGUAUGAAUCUCCAGUGGCCCCAAACCUGCAGAUCUUCCAGGAGACGGCGAUGGACGCGUUUCCGAUGGCCAUUGUGGGUUUUGCAGUUGCUUUCUCAGUGGCAAAAGUUUAUUCUGUAAAACACGAUUACACUGUAGAUGGAAAUCAGGAGCUGAUAGCUUUUGGAGUCAGUAACAUGUUUGGAGCUACCUUCAAGUCUUUUGUAGCAAGUACAGCUCUCUCCAGGAGUGCAGUGCAGGAAAGCACCGGGGGAAAAACUCAGGUAGCUGGUUUGCUCUCAGCUAUCAUAGUGAUGAUAGUCACUCUGGCUAUUGGAUUUCUUCUGGCACCACUUCCAAAAUCUGUGCUGGGUGCUGUGGUCAUCGCUAAUCUGAAGGGCAUGCUGAUGCAGUUCACAGAUAUUCCAUAUCUGUGGAGGAGAGACAAACCCGACUGUGUGGUGUGGUUGUGCACCUGCACUGCCUCCAUCCUGCUGGGGCUGGAUCUUGGACUGGCUGUUGGCCUUGGUGUGGAGCUCAUCAGUGUUGUGCUGAGGGUUCAGUUUCCUCGCUGUAGCUUGCUAGCAAACAUUAAGGGAACCGAUAUCUACAAAGACAGGAAGGACUACCUCAGUAUCUAUGAGCCUGAAGGAGUGAAAAUCUUCAGGAUUCCAUCUCCAAUCUUCUUUGCCAACAUUGACUUUUUCAGGAACAAGCUGGUAGAAUCGCUGGGCUUUAAUCCACUACAAAUCUUAAAAAAGAGAAAUACGGCUUUAAGAAGGAUCAAGAAACUUCUGAAGAAUGGUGAUCUGCAGUGGACGUCGAUGGGCUUUCUCAACACUACAUGUGGACCAAUCGAAGACUCUGAAGACAAAGACAACAUGGAAGAACUCGACCAACCCAUUGACUUUAAGGACCUUCCAGCCCGGAUCGACUGGAACAGAGACCUUCCUGCCAACAUCUUUGUUCCCAGGGUGGACGUCCACAGCCUGAUCUUGGACUUUGCUGCCGUCUCAUUUUUGGACAUAUCUGCUCUGAAAGGACUGAAAACGAUGCUGAAAGAGCUGAUCCGUAUUGACAUCGAGGUUUAUAUUGUGGCCUGUGACCCUUACAUCCUAGAGAAACUUCAUGACUGCUGCUUCUUUGACGAUGAAGUUCAGCCCAGCAUGUUCUUCUUGACGCUGCACGAUGCCAUGCUGAACGUUAUGGAGAAGCACUAUGACCUGACGGAGAAGAAAUCCGACCACGGAAAGAUAAUAACAACAGUCACAGUUUACAACAACAGCUUACAGAUCAGAGAUAAAGACGAUCCAGAACCAGAACACAAGUUUUAAAGUUUAUAGAAGAGAAGAGGACAAAGACCAGAAUGACCAAAAAACCAAGGCUUUAAAAUAUAAUUUUUUUAGAUGUUUGUAUUAUUUCCAGCAUAAUUAAAAAGCAGAUACUUUUGAAGUAUAUUUUUAAGUAUAUUUGCAUCAUAUUCACUGUAUGUUAAGAAAAGCCGAAUGCUAUGUAUUUAUACUUUCUACACCGGAGAUUUUUGUGAAUUGUUUUAAUUGUGUUUUUAAAUUUCUGUUUUCUUGUGAAUGGCAGUAAUAAUAAAGUUAUCACAACAAACAUACACACAAAUUUAUAUGUAUAUAAAGAAAAUGAAGAAUAUAUGUAUGUGAGUAGAAUAAUAAUAACAAAUGUUUUACAGAAGAAGAUCCAUGAAGACACACGAGACAAAUCUACAUUUUGCAUUUCAGAUAACAAUCAUGAUAGGAGUUUUAUUUAUUUCAUGUUAUUUCUAUAGGAUCGUAUAUGAUUUUCCUAGCAAAAUGUAAAAAAAAUCCAAAGAAAUCAAUAAAGGCAAUAAAAAAAUAACAUUAUACGAAAAA